CUUCAAUUUCGGGUAUUGAAAGCAUGGACAGUAUCUUGAGAAAACUCAAUGCCAAUCAUUUAUGCAAUAUAAGGAACAAUCAAAGCAGAGAAAAUAAUGUUUUCUUAUUUUAUACAAGGCAAAUGAUGCAAUUCAUUUCUUAACAAUGAAAACAAUAAACAUAUAUAAAGACAAAGUUCUCUUUUAUUCCCUUCUAACAUGAUCUUAUUCAUUAGGAUUAGUAUAGCUCUAGUUGUGCCUUUGUCCAUUCAUGCUCUCACACUAUUUACAAAAGAAACAGUCAAGCUCAAACCUACUAUUAGGGUAAUGGUACUCGUUGAAGGUGUCAGGAAAUAUGGUCCUGUUUUACUAGAAUGUGAUCCUAAUGGAACAGGUUUCCCUAACGCAGAUCAGGCUUGUGCCAAACUACAAUCGAUAGACGGUAUACUAGAUAGUCUAGAACCAAACCCUGCUGAAUGCCCAGAUAUUAAGAAGGAAGUCACUGUUACUCUAGAUGGAAACUAUGGAGGUUCUUUUCUCGUAUAUAGAAGAGUCUUUAAGAACGAAAUAUGUGCUCGCUCUACGCUUGGUCCUCUUUAUCCUUGAACAAAAGCAAGCAUUGUGAAAUGGAUGCUAUCAAUUAAUACAGC